GCCUGCCUCACAUCGCAGUGUUUUGGUCCGGGUCUGGAUUUGGAUUUGUUCCUGCUCGGCAGCAAACUGUCGAUUCCGGCCAUUCGGGACAUCUACGCGUGAACAGCUGACAGGUAAAUCACGCGCUGGGCUCGUCCAGAAAAAAACGAGCCGCCUUUUUCUGCAGCUUCGGAGGAUUUCCCUGUCGUGACCUCACCGGGCGGCCCCUCCGGUUGAAUGGGAUUCCUCGGCACCUCUGCGUCGCCCCCGUCGGCACCGUCCGUCUCCGCUGCCGCGGUUCCGACGCCGCCGGGUUUAGUGUCUGCCAGCGUUUCGCUGUCUCCGUGCGGUUCGAUGAGAAACCCGCCUGUUGGGUCGUCUUAAUAGAGACGACGCGAAUUCUCCGGCAGCCUAGUCAGGGCCUCGGCCAUGGGGGGAUCCAAGAGUAAGCCCAAGGAAGACAACAAGCGAACCCGCAGUCUGGAUGUGAACCUCGGCUCGGGAGGGGGGGCCGGCAGCCACCACCUGAACUCCAACAAGCAGUCCUCAACACCUAACCGUAGCCCUACUAUAGACAGUGGUCUCACUGGCAAUCAGUCACUAGGAAAUACAGCAGAACAGGCCCUGUUUGGCGGUGUGGAUGUUAACAGUGUCGCCCCCUCUAAUAUGGUCACAUUAGCAGGUGUGACUACCUUUGUGGCACUGUACGACUAUGAGUCUCGAACUGCCUCAGAUCUGUCUUUCAGAAAGGGUGAACGCCUUCAGAUCGUCAACAACACGAGGAAGGUGAACUGCAGAGAGGGGGACUGGUGGCUGGCGCGCUCCCUGGCCACUGGAGAGAGUGGUUAUAUCCCCAGCAAUUAUGUGGCUCCAUCUGACUCCAUCCAGGCAGAAGAUCAUCUUAGACUGACCAUAGAAUCCAGGUGGUAUUUUGGCAGAAUCACACGCCGCGACUCAGAGAGGCUGCUUCUAAGUUUAGAGAACAGAAGAGGGACAUUUCUGGUGAGAGAGAGCGAGACCACCAAAGGUGCCUACUGUCUGUCUGUGUUGGACUAUGACAACGCCAAAGGGCUGAAUGUGAAGCACUACAAGAUUAGGAAGCUGGACAGCGGUGGCUUCUACAUCACAUCACGCACUCAGUUCGUCACCCUACAGCAGCUUGUCAAUCAUUAUCGCAAGCAUGCUGACGGACUGUGUUACACUCUAACUGACAUCUGUCCGGUACUGAAGCCUCAGACUCAGGGCUUAGCCAAGGAUGCCUGGGAAAUUCCUAGAGAUUCCCUCCGUCUGGACCUCAAGCUUGGACAAGGCUGCUUUGGAGAAGUGUGGAUGGGAACGUGGAAUGGUACAACGCGGGUGGCGAUUAAGACCCUGAAGCCUGGCACCAUGUCCCCUGAGGCCUUCCUGCAAGAAGCUCAGGUCAUGAAAAAGCUGAGACAUGAAAAGUUGGUUCAGCUCUACGCUGUGGUGUCUGAGGAGCCAAUCUAUAUCGUCACCGAGUACAUGGGGCAAGGUAGCUUGCUGGAUUUCCUAAAAGGUGACAUGGGCAAGAUACUACGCCUCCCUCAACUGGUGGACAUGGCCUCACAGAUUGCUUCAGGGAUGGCAUAUGUGGAGAGGAUGAACUAUGUGCACAGAGACCUCAGAGCCGCAAACAUCCUGGUGGGAGAUAACUUGGUUUGCAAAGUAGCUGAUUUUGGUCUGGCUCGCCUCAUUGAGGACAAUGAAUAUACUGCCAGGCAAGGAGCCAAGUUCCCUAUCAAGUGGACCGCUCCAGAGGCUGCUCUGUACGGCCGCUUCACCAUCAAAUCUGAUGUUUGGUCCUUUGGGAUCCUGCUGACAGAACUGGCCACCAAAGGCAGAGUACCCUAUCCAGGUAUGGUUAACAGGGAGGUGUUGGACCAGGUGGAGCGUGGCUACAGGAUGCCAUGCCCAGUGGACUGCCCGGAAUCCAUGCAUGAGCUGAUGCUGACGUGCUGGAGGAAAGAGCCGGAGGAGAGGCCCACCUUUGAGUACCUGCAGGGCUUCCUGGAGGAUUACUUCACCUCCACAGAGCCUCAGUACCAGCCGGGAGACAACCUGUAAACUGGGCUAAACACAGAUGCAAUUACUCGCUGUGGAUGCUCAAAAUGGAGCAUGUGCACCUGUUUUAUAGUGGAUAUGUGUAUGAGUGAGCGUGUGCAUGUAUUGUGUAAUGGGACAAAAAGCCAACAGCAAUAUGGGUACAAUCAGUCAAGGUGAAUUAAACAAAUCAACAAAACUCGGUUCCUGUCCCGUUCAAGUUCAAGUUCAAGUUUCAAGGACAGUACUAAACUGUGGUAUUAAAGUGUUGUUAUAGAACACUUUGUCAGUCCAACCCCUCUAUCCUUACAACCAAACAGGUAAUUCUGGCUUCCUUUUAUUCGUAUUGUGCUUAUUUCUACAGGCACUCCUGUAAUGCAGUAAGUACACAAAUGACGAGUCAGGUUUUAUCACACUGUUUUGAACACAAUUUUAAGCUCAGACUCAUUCUUCUAGUUGCCACUUGAGAAGCAUUUGAAUUUUGAAUUGUACAAUUAUUUACCAGUAUAUGUAGUUUAUUUUGCUACUAACGCUGGGGUGGGUUUUCCAGCUGUAAAGACUGACACCAUUGAUUUUCUCAUUGUCGUGUGCCAUUUGGGCAAAUUGUUUUAUUCUGUGACCAUCAUACUGUACAGCUCAACACAAAGAACCGAAUAGGCUCGGAGUUUGAUUUUCUAUUUUCUAAUUGUGACUUUUCCUACAAACAAAUAGCUACUGAUCACCAAUGGUCAUCUCAGGAUGGAGACGAUUUGAUCUCUGCUACAAGGACUUUAGUGCCAAUGAAAAUCUCAUUUGUACUCUUCUUAUUGUGUGAAAGUGUAUUUUACUACUCUGAGAUUUUCGUACAAUGAAGUCUGACUUGUGUAUGCUGGGGAUAUUUAAAUCUAACUCCUUUGAGGGUACAAUAGCAUCAUGUCUUCAACAUGUCAGCUUUUUCUAAGCAUUACAAUUUAAUUUAAGUGAAUCACCUUUCAAUUCUAACCUUCAUUAAUAUGAAGAUUUAUAUUUUUAGUUAGUCUCUGUUUUAGUUCUAGUGUAUUUUUAAAUUCACUGGAGAUAUUAUUUUUUGUUUUGGUUAUGCUUCCCCCAGCCUGUAGGGGGCAGACCAAGAGCAUUUUCCAACCUUUACAUAGACAUAAUGAAAUCUAUUGAAACUGAAUUGUAAAUAUUCUUACUGCCUAAUGUUUUGUAUAUACCAUCACUAUAAUUUAUUCCUUUUACAUUAACCCCAAUGUUUAUUUUGCUGCCAUUGUUCCUUAUUGUUAUGUUUUUUUGGGGGGUUAAAUAACAUCUGUCAAUAAUGACAUAAAAUUAGGACAUGUAAUAGCCUAUAAAACAUUUACGCUCCUUUUCGUGCACAUAUUUCUGAGAAGCUGUGUAAAGCUGACAAAUAUCAGCAAGCUAGCUUUGUAAACCCUGACUCAGCCUGUUGUAUCACAACACUUGGACUAUGUUGAACACUGAUCAUACAAUCAAAACCACAAAUGUUUACAUUGUGGUAAUUUUAAACUUAUGUCUGUGCUGCUUUCGAGGCUUGUAAAUGAGCAGGUAAUUAACUAUAAUCUUUAGUCACUAAACAUUUCAGAUUUUCUUAGAAAGCCUGACGCCAUGGAAUGUGUAUUUGUGUGUGUGCACUGCUGUUCCCCAUACAUCAACCGCUGUUCCAUGGCAUGAUCUCGCAGUUGACAUUAUAUUAGGCACUACUGAUUUUGAUUAAAUGACAGAAGGAGAUAUGAGGAUAUUAAUACAGUAUAUAUAUAGCAGGUACGUGACUGUGAUGCAUUAUUGGAUAAGUGCUCAAAGGGGUGUGACAUUACUCGUUUCUUUUCCAGACCUGAGUCAGUGAAUGUUUUUGAUAAAAGAAAUAUGCAAAAAGUGCACAUAAAGGGUCAUAUCUUCUGUAUACAGCCCUACUUCAAGCCAAGAACAUUCUGUUCUGUUGUUGGUCUCUAUCCCACUAUAUAUAUAUAUAUAGUGGGAGUUUUAAAUUGCUUUGUUAAAUCGUACUGCAAUUUCCAAAUUGUAAUAAAUUUGUAUUUUGCUACUA